AUGUUCCAAGGAAUUUUAUACCACCAUGUGAGAGUUUUCAAGAUCAGAAACACCCCGAUGACGUAUUCAUUUGUUAAUAUUUUCAAAUGUUAUUUGUCGAGGCUCUUUUCUUCGGAUGCCUUUCGGAGUACUUACCGUACACGAUUUUCAGAUCAAGAUCAUCCGAAUGACUCAUGGAAAGGGUACUGGGGUUUGCUAGGAUUGUAUCAGUAUAAGUGGAGCAAAGACCUCAACAGGCCUAGGAAAGAACAGGUUUUGAGUUCCUUUCCACUCAUGGAAAAGAUAAAAAAUGAAAGUGAUAUAGGUCAGGUGUUUGAGCUGUAUGAAGUGUUGAAGCACUCAAACUUAGCCACGGACGACGUAUUGACCAUUUCUUCUCAGGUCGCACUAUUCUCCCGUUUUUCUCACCAACAAGUAAGGCAUGGAAAAGGCAGCGAGGCCGUUGACUUAAGUCGCGUGCAGGAAGCGACAGAAUCUCUCUUGAAAGCUAUGAAAUGGAAUAGCUGUCAUUUUGAAUGUUCUCAACUCACCAGCGCUGUUUGGGCGAUAGCGAAUCAUCGAGCGAAAGCUAAGUCGCGUCAUGAAGACUUAGAGGUGACUUUUGCACUACUCCAUUUUGAUAAAGAAAUCAGAAGCCGUGAUCUCAGCAAGUUUACUAACGGGGACAUAGCUGUGAUCAUUCUGGCAUACGGCAAAGCAAAUGUCCGAGCGUUUUCGAUGUUUAAGAAGCUUAGAAAUGAAAUUAUGGCCCGGGAUUUGGCAGAUUUCACCGUGGAAGAUAUCAGCAAAAUUCUUUGGUCCUAUGCGCAGAUGAAGCAGACAAGUGCUUCACUGUUUGCCGCUAUAAAGAAGGAAUUACUGAGUCGUGAUUUAUCACAUUUCUCUGAGAAGGUCAUAGUGUCAGUCCUUUGGUCAUUUGCCAUGGCCAAAGGGAAUACUAAGGAUUUAUUCAGGAGGUUAAAACGUGAAAUUUUGAAGCGUGGUCUCUUGUGUUUUUCAGAGAGGCAGCUAGCUCAGAUUGUUUCUUCUUAUGCUGAGAAAAACAGGCAUGCCCCUGAUCUCUUUCAAGGAGUUGCUUCUAACCUUCUUUCAAGAGGUGAACUCAACUUUGAUUCAAGAGGCCUUAGAAUGAUUGCAAAUAGCUUUGCAAAGACCAAGAAUUUCAUACCAGAUCUUUUUAGUUUCAUAGGAGACCAUAUAAUGGAUAGUGAUAUUUCUGUAUAUCAUCCCUUGGAAGCUGUUGAACUUUUGUGGGCCCUUACUGAAGCAGGUUUCCUUCAGGAAAUACUCCACCACAAGCUUGUAGAUCACAUUCUUCGUUGUGAUUUUCCAAAAUUGCCAGAUUCAGCUCUUCAACUGCUUGUGGCAGUGUUAGAGAACAGUAACUUUAAAGCACCUGACCUUGCAGCAGCAACAGAAGCUGAGCUUGUCAGGAGAUCAGAAGCAAAGUCUUAA